AUGACGACACCUACGUUGAUCGAUCUUCCUCCGCCACCUUCUGACCCCGUAACACCGUCACCGUCAGACAUGGGCCCUGGCACACCCAAUUCUGGCACAACAUCACUCUCCGCGCUCUCAACCAUAGCCAUCAAGGAUGGCCACCAAGGCAGCCGCUACCACACCCGCCAUGGCCAUCGAUCAUCAAACGCUUCCGAAACGUCCACAACAACACUGGAUGCAGAACGCGCAGAUCGUAUCUCACGCUUAGCAGGCCUGGAGCGCGUAGCCACGAGACCCAACGGAGCCGGGACGACCCCUUCAGCCAACACGCAUGGGCUGCCAGGUGGAUUCACCAUUCAACAAACCCCAGGCUACUUCGACCAUCUGCAACAACCUUACCUAAAAGAACGAAGCACAGUCGGCAGCGCCAGCGCCACGGGCUCCGUCGGCGGCCGCACAACCUGGGCCAGCGGCAGCGACAACCUGGACCAAGACAGACUAGGUGACGACGACGGUGUCUCCAGCUUAGGCGGACUCAGCGACGAAGGAAACUCCAGCCUUGUCGGUUUCGGUGAGGGCGCAAGCAGCACCGUAAGCGGACCCGUUUCAACCUCCGCAGCUCGAAUUUCCGUCGCUUCCAGCAACCGCGGGGUCGGUGGGAGGAAUAGCCCUGCGCCUAACUAUCGGCCACAAACAGGCAGCGGACAUACCUCGUAUACACAGUCAAGCCUUGGAGCAGCGGAGAAUGGCCCUUUCAACUCAUCAACCUCGCCGGCGGGAUCUACUACCCCCGAGCCACAGCUAGUGGCCAACAACGACAACGCGGAGACGAAUUUUGACGCGCGAAUGGUCGACGGCAUGACGUACGACGAGGACAUUGUGGAUACGACAGCUCGAUGGUCGACGGCAUGA